AUGUUAAAGCAAGAAAAAAAUAAUCUUAAACAGGAGAUACAACAAAAAAUGCGAAAUGAUAGGUUUAAAAGAGAAAUUCAAUUUCUUUAAUUAGUACUCUGCCUAAACUCGACUAUCAAAAAUGCAGCUUAAAAAAGUAAAAUCAACUUUGCCACAGCGAAACUAGUACUCAAAAAAUUUCGUAAAUUUGGGUACAUAAAAAAUUAGGAUAAAGGUACAUUCUUUUUAUUUAUAGAAGAUUAUGAGAAGUAAAUUGAAUUGCUUCGAGAAAUUGCAUCUAUAAAAUUUCAAAUCAAAUAGGAAAAAAUAUAGAAGCGAGAACAGGAAUUUAAAAUCCUCAGUGAUAAAAUAAAAUCAAUAGAAAAUCUUCCUAGAUAACAUGAAUCCUAAAAUAAAAAAGAUAUUAAUUCUUAACUUAAAGUUCUCUAGGAAGAACUCGAAUAUUAAAAACAGAUAUAAUUCGAAUUAGUGACAUCUGUUCUUUAAGAAUAAAUAAAAUUGAUGAAAUCAAAUAAAAAAUAUAUUUGA